AUUUACAUUUUAAAAUCAUGGUAAAAAAACGCUUAAGAGAAAAUAAAGACGAGAAAGAUGAACAAAACCUCGUUAAAAAACGUUUGAAAAUCAAUACUCCUGUAAAUUUGGAUAAACGUUUAAUAGUAAUUUUAGAAAGUGCUCAAUUGGAAACAGCCAAGGUUGGAAAAAAAUUUGAGUUAUUACAUUCUAGACACGAUGUUCCACUGUUAAAAAAAUAUAAUCGACAAUGUGAAACAACUAAACCAGAAAUAGUACAUCAGUGUUUGUUAAAUUUGUUAGACAGUCCUUUAAAUCGAGCUGGAUAUUUACAGGUAUACAUACAUACUGAUAAAAAUGUUUUGAUAGAAGUUAAUCCUGGAACUAGGAUACCCAGAACAUUUAACAGAUUUGCGGGAGUAAUGGCGCAACUUUUACAUACUAACAAAGUACGAGCAGCGGAUGAGCCAGUAGAUUUAUUAAAAGUUAUUAAGAACCCAAUAACAAAUUAUCUGCCAGCCAAUUGUAAAAAAAUACUAUUGUCUUGUCGUGCAAAAGAAUUUAAACAUGUAGAAGAAUUAGCUCCUGAUAAUGAGCCAGUUGUCAUUGUAAUUGGUGCAAUUGAACAGGGGCAAGUUAAAGCUAAUUACACAGACAGUACAGUUGCUAUUUAUGAUUAUUCGACGUCUGCAGCGUAUAUUUCUGGAAAUUUGUGUUUAGCAUUUAAAAGAAAGUGGAUACCAGCAAAUUAGGUACACUUAUUAAAUUUUUCAAAUUAAAUACAUGUGAGUUUACAAAUGGAGAGAAACUCAAAGUUGAAUAAUUUUCAGGAUGGACUGGAGGCUUAGGAAAUUUUUAUAAUAAAAAAAGUUUAUAAAAGUU